AUGAAGGGCUUUUUCAGCCUUUCGGCCGCCGCUUUGGCCGCGGCGAGCCCCAUGAUGGUCAUCGACUCCGAUGCCGCGCCCUUGAUCAGCUCCAGCAACGCAAAGGAGAUUCCCGGCAGCUACAUGAUCAAGUUCAAGAAGCAUGUCACCACCAACCUCGCCGCCGAGCACCACGACUGGGUCCAAGACCUCCACUACACCACACAACAGGCCAAGACGGACCUCAGGAAGCGGUCGCAGUCACCCAUGGUUGACGACAUCUUCCAGGGUCUCAAGCACACAUACAACAUUGCAGGAAGCCUGCUCGGAUACUCUGGUCAUUUCGACGACGAGACUAUCGAGCAGAUCCGCAGACACCCAGAUGUCGAGCUUGUUGAGAAGGACCAAGAAGUGCACACUCUGGGCGAUAAGCCUGAAGAAGUCGAGAAGAACGCCCCAUGGGGUCUCGCUCGUAUCUCGCACCGAGACAGCUUAUCUUUCGGUACCUUCAACAAGUACCUUUAUGCCGGUGACGGCGGUGAAGGCGUUGAUGUCUAUGUUAUUGACACGGGGACCAACGUGGACCACGUCGACUUCGAGGGCCGUGCCUCGUGGGGCAAGACCAUCCCAUCGGGUGAUGCUGAUGAAGAUGGCAAUGGACACGGAACUCACUGCUCCGGCACAGUUGCGGGCAAGAAGUAUGGCGUUGCCAAGAAGGCUCACGUCAAGGCCGUCAAGGUCCUCCGAUCCAACGGUUCUGGUUCCAUGUCUGAUGUCGUCAAGGGCGUUGAGUACGCCGCUGAGUCGCACUCUGAGCAGGUCUCCAUCGCCAAGAAGGGAAAGAGAAAGGGUUUCAAGGGCUCUACUGCCAACAUGAGCUUGGGUGGCGGCAAGUCUCCACUUCUUGACCAGGCUGUCAACGCCGCUGUUGAUGCCGGCAUUCACUUUGCUGUCGCUGCUGGCAACGACAACGCCGAUUCAUGCAACUACUCUCCAGCCGCAGCUGAGAACGCCGUCACCGUGGGCGCUUCCACUCUUGCGGAUGAGCGUGCAUAUUUCUCAAACUACGGCAAGUGCAACGACAUCUUCGCCCCUGGUCUCAACAUCCAGUCGACCUGGAUCGGCAGCAAGUACGCCAUCAACACCAUCUCCGGUACAUCGAUGGCCUCCCCACACAUUGCUGGUCUCCUCGCCUACAUGCUCUCCCUCCAGCCCGCCAAGGACUCCGCUUACGCUGUUGCCGACAUCACACCAAAGAAGCUCAAGUCCAGCCUCAUGUCCAUUGCCACCGAGGGCGCUCUCACUGAUGUCCCCAGCAACACUAAGAACAUUUUGGCGUGGAACGGUGGAGGCAUUUCCAACUACACGGACAUUGUCGAGAAGGGCAGCUACAAGGUCCACCAGACCGAACGCAAAGUGUCAGAGAAGACGACUGACUUCGCGGAGAAGCUCACCGAGCUGGAGCAGAAGCUUGAGACAGACUUCAAGGACCUCUUGCGCGAGCUCAAGAGCUUGUAA